UGAUGCCCAAAACAUGUCAUACACCACCCAGAGGGACUUCUUCAAUGUGACGUUUCGCAAUGAAGAACCCAAACCGCCGGAACGCAAGCGUAGCGAUGGAGCACUGAUGACCUACGAGUUCUGUACCGAUGGUAGAGCGUGGGCAUUGGAUAAGAAGAAACGGUCCAAUUAUAUUCUGGACGUAGUUCACAAGGCUCGGUUUAAAAAAGCUAUGCUUCACCCCGAAGGUCAGUUCGAAUUAACCAGAGACUAUCUGGUCAACAUGGAAGUACACGAUCUGGCGGAUUACAUCCUUAGUUUACAGGCAGAGGUCAGGCGAAAAAAUGAAACCGUCCAGCAGCUGGACGGUCGACUACAAGCCGUACAACAAAACUCACAGGAUUUUGAUGUGAUCCAGCGACAGUCAGCCAUUUUGGAACAGGAGCGUAGCGAAUUCGAACAGCAAAUUAGCGAUCUGGAGGAAGUGAUCGUAAGUUUAAAGGAUCGAGCCGAUCGAUACGAUCUGCUAGCGAAAGAAAACAACCUUCUGCGGUGUCAGCUGCAGAAACAACAACUGGAAGUUACCGACAAAGUGCGACUUGCUAAUGCCGAGGCGGAAGCUAGUUUCAACCGUAUGCGAGCCAAAGACUGUGAACGACUAGAGGCUGAAUUGGUGAUCUUUAAAGCGCAAUACGAGGACUUGCGCAAACAGAAGCGUGAGUUAAAGGAACAGCUGGAAGCUGCUUUCAUCAAUCAUGAUCGAGUUGCGGACUUGAAACGUCAACUUGCUAACGAACAAGCACAGCGGGAACAGGCUGAGGAAGCUAUGGAACAUUUGUUGAAUCUCUACGAUAAGCAAUAUCAAGAAAUGCAACAUAGAAGUGAAUUUACGUCAGCUGCUAGGCAGCGCUCGGAAAGUAUAAGAAGAGAUGAACGGAUUAACGAGGAGCACUUGACCGAAAGAAUUACUUAUCAAGCUGAUUCACAACCUUUAAGGUCCAUUGAGGAAGACAGUUGCGCAAACUGUAAACGAUUGGAAAGAGAGAUUGCUGAUCUGAACCAGAGUCAUCAGAAGAGAGAGAAACGAAAUGAAGAAGAACGUCAAUCUUUGGUUAAUGAACUACAAUCAUUGCGACAGCAAAUGCAGUCAUCCUCUGGGUUGGACGAAUCUGUCGAACAGGCCCGACAGCUCGCUGAGCAACUUCGCAAGUGUCAAGCUGAACUUGAAGCUGAAUUAGCGAACAAGAAAACUCUUCAAAAUGAAUUUGAAGUGCUUGAAAACGAGUUAUCAGACGUUCGUGCGAAACUCCAAGAGGAAGGCAAGAAGGCGGAACAGUUGACAGCAGACCUGACAGCAGCUCAAAAUAUAAUUCAGGAACUUGAACAGCUGAACAAAACCGAAUCUGCUGUACUUUCAGCCGAUCGUGGCUCUGCAAACUCGCAAAUAGAAGAAUUGCAACAACAACUCAAACAAGUAAAAAAAGAAUUAUCUCAAAAGGCCGAGCUGUUGGAAAAGAUGUCCGUACAGAACACUCAACUGCAAGCAGCGGCUUCUGACCAGCAAACCAAGAUCAACAACCUGGAACAAGCACAGCAGCAAAAGUUGGCCGAGCUGGAAGCUUCCGAAUCUGAACUUCAGAAAGCUAGACAAGAGUUUAUUCGGCAGGCUAGCGACUCAGGUGAUAGUUCCGCACUAAAAGCGCUCGAAAAUUUCAACAGUGAACUGCAGCAACAAGUUAACCGUUUGAAGCAGGAACUGGACGCCGCUUAUGCUAGUAACAAGCAGCUGAUAGAGAAUGCAGGUGAACAAGGAAAACUGAUGGAAACUGUGGCUGCGCUACAAGCGGAACUUCAGGCAGCUAACAAUACGCUGGAGGCGAAGGAAGCCGAAAUCAGCCGCUUGGCAGAGGAAGUUGCAACAGUCGAAUCUGUGCAGUUAAAAACCGAUGCUCCUACACUUGAUGCUCAUUUGUUAUCAACUGAACCAGCAGAUGAGUCACUUAGAGUUGAAGCAGCUUUACUAACUACAGUAUCAGACGACGUAGCUAAAGUGGAUGUACCUCUAGUGGAUUCGAGCUUACCGUCAGUGAGAGCAGAUAAUCUUCUACCUUCAAUUGAUACUAGUUUGAAAUCAGCAGAAGCAAUCGACUCUGCUUCUGCCGGAAAAACUGAGCUAGAUGAUACGCUACAAAAAAAUCAAACAGAAAUUGAAGAUCUUCAAGCUAAACUAUCCGCAGACCAACAAAGAAUAUUUGAUUUUGAACAAAAAGAUGCAGGUCCUGAGAAAGACAUGACAGAAAACGAGGAUGAAAUAAUCGAUCAAAUUAACCAAAUUAUUACCAGCGAAAAAGAUUCCCCCAUAGCUGAUGCUACGUUAGAAGAUGUUGAUGAAAAAUCGGUACAUUCCAGUGGGGACGAAGGGGAUGAAGAAUCGGAAUCCACAUCAGAAGUGGAAAAAGAAACGGAAGAUGCUGCAGAAGCAAGAAAACUAUCCAUUACAGCCGAUGAAGUAAUAAACCGUUUGAACGAAAGCUUUGCCGGGAUUGGUGAUACUGUUUCCCUUGAGUAUGCCGAUCCUUGCAGGACUAAAGUUAUUGCGAUGAAGAUUGUCAAGCAUGGUAUCAAUAUCCUAGUCCUUCCGGAGUUGGACCACCUUCACCGGGAGAUUUACCGAGCCACGCUGGAACGCUACCUUAUGUUGGGAAAAACUGUCCAAGUGUUGGACGAUGCCUUCUGCGACAACUGCAACAUACUGCAUACGAUGCAAUCGAUGGGAAACAACGAGCUGAUGGCUAUGAUAGCACCCUCUGCUCAGGUUCCGGCUUCUAAUCCACUGCUGCUGGAUGACGAAAUCCCCACCAGAUUACCUCCAGAACCAGCAUGGAAGCGUAAGCUUCCUAUACCCGAGCUUAACUCAACACCCGCACCAGAAAAACAACCAGAACAGAAAUCGAGAGCCAAAACGGCUGAUGACGCUGAAACACGAGUGUUUUCUUUGUUUACAAAGGGCUCAGCAGUACCAGCUGGGCAACAUUCGGUUAGGGCGAAAAAACCUGACGAACGUUUGCUGAUUGACCGAUGUCGAACGCUUCCAUGGAGAGCCCCAAGAACUCCAACGGAAGUUGUGAUUAGUAGCAACCUUGCCGAUGGCUCGCAGUUGGUUGCUAGACAGAAGCGGCACAUGUAGAGAGACAAUUCCAAUUUCUAUGGUCAGAAUUCGAGUUGUUUUUUUAGUUAGCAGAGAAGGGAAAUUUUUAGAAACAUUUUGAAAUAGUAGUGAACUGAAUAGAUUCUAGUCAGUUUUUCACCGGUUGUAUUUGCUAGAAGAGUUUACAAAAUAU